UGUCCCCUCUCUGCCUUUGCUGUCAAUGGCUUUCGGGACGUAUUUUAUUUGAAUGUCUGGGCGUUAUAAGUGACCAAUGAUGGAUAUUCUAUGGAUAUUAUGGACCAUACCGGCCGUAAUAGCUGUUGAAGAGACACUUAUGGACUCCACUACAGCCACAGCGGAACUCGGCUGGACGGUCUACCCCAUGUCAGGGUCGAGUGACAAUAGCUGGGAGGAGGUGAGCGGUUACGACGAAAACAUGAACACCAUCCGGACGUACCAGGUGUGCAAUGUUUUCAACAACAAUCAGAACAACUGGGUACGGACAAAGUACAUCCGGCGUCGUGGUGCUCAGCGGAUCCAUGUGGAGAUGAAGUUCUCGGUUAGGGACUGCAGUAGCAUUCCAAACGUGCCGGGCUCAUGUAAAGAGACGUUUAACCUCUAUUACUAUGAAUCUGAUGCAGACACAGCCACCAGAAACUCCCCAGCUUGGAUGGAGAACCCCUGGAUCAAAGUUGACACCAUUGCAGCAGAUGAGAGCUUCUCCCAGGUGGACCUAGGGGGCAGAGUGAUGAAGAUCAACACUGAGGUUCGGAGCUUCGGCCCUGUGUCACGAAAUGGCUUCUACCUGGCCUUCCAGGACUACGGUGGCUGUAUGUCGCUCAUCGCUGUCCGCGUCUUUUACCGGAAGUGCCCCCGUAUCAUCACGAACGGGGCGUUGUUCCAGGAGACACUCUCAGGAGCAGAGAGCACCUCCCUGGUGGCUGCUAGAGGCGUUUGCAUCCCUAACGCAGAGGAGGUGGAUGUGCCCAUUAAGUUGUACUGCAACGGAGACGGAGAAUGGAUGGUACCCAUCGGACGCUGCAUGUGCAAAGCUGGGAAUGAGGCUGUGGAGAACGGGACUGUUUGUCGAGCCUGUCCGUCUGGCUUUUUCAAGCCAACUCAAGGAGAUGAACCCUGUAUGCAGUGUCCCAUCAACAGCCGUACCACCAGUGAAGGCGCCAUUAACUGCGUUUGCCGCAACGGAUACUAUCGCACCGACUCAGAUCCUCUCCAGAUGCCAUGCACAACCGUCCCUUCAGCUCCACAGACUGUUAUCUCCAGCGUGAAUGAAACUUCUGUGAUGCUGGAGUGGAUGCCUCCUCGGGAUUCGGGGGGCCGCGAGGACGUAGUUUUCAACAUCAUCUGCAAGAGCUGUGGAGGAGGCCGGGGAGGCUGCACCCGCUGUGGGGACAACGUUCAGUUUUUGCCCCGUCAGCUGGGUCUGACAGAAUCUCGGGUCUACAUUAGUGACCUGUUGGCCCACACGCAGUACACGUUUGAGGUGCAGGCUGUCAACGGGGUGUCAGAUCAGAGCCCCUACUCCCCUCAGUACGCCUCAGUCAACAUUACCACUAACCAGGCUGCUCCAUCUACAGUAUCCAUAAUGCACCAGGUCAGUCGUACUGUGGACAGCAUCACCCUUUCCUGGUCCCAGCCUGACCAGCCUAAUGGAGUCAUCCUGGACUAUGAGCUACAGUAUUAUGAAAAGGACCAAUCAGAAUAUAACUCUACCACCAUCAGGAGCCAGACCAACACAGUGGUCAUCCGUGGCCUCAAGCCAGGAAGCAUCUACGUGUUCCAGGUCCGGGCCCGCACCGUAGCUGGGUUUGGACGCUACAGUGGCAAACUGUACUUCCAGACCAUGACUGAGGAGGAAUACAACACCAGUAUUCAGGAGAAGCUACCUCUCAUCAUUGGCUCGGCAGCCGCUGGCUUGGUCUUCCUCAUCGCUGUGGUCGUCAUCAUCAUCGUCUGUAACCGGCGUGGCUUUGACAGGGCUGAUUCAGAAUACACAGACAAACUGCAGCACUACACCAGCGGCCACAUGACUCCAGGAAUGAAGAUUUAUAUUGAUCCGUUCACAUAUGAGGACCCCAAUGAGGCUGUGAGGGAGUUUGCCAAGGAGAUUGAUAUAUCCUGUGUGAAGAUUGAACAGGUCAUUGGUGCAGGAGAAUUUGGCGAGGUGUGCAGUGGUAACCUAAAGCUCCCAGGUAAAAGGGAGAUGUUUGUGGCCAUAAAGACUCUGAAGUCUGGCUACACAGAAAAGCAAAGGCGGGACUUCCUUAGUGAGGCAAGCAUCAUGGGCCAGUUCGACCACCCCAACGUCAUUCACCUGGAGGGCGUGGUCACCAAGAGCAGUCCUGUCAUGAUCAUCACUGAGUUCAUGGAGAAUGGAUCGCUCGACUCCUUCCUCAGACAAAACGAUGGGCAGUUUACUGUGAUCCAGCUCGUUGGUAUGCUACGUGGCAUCGCCUCAGGCAUGAAAUACCUGGCUGACAUGAACUACGUGCACCGAGACCUUGCUGCCCGAAACAUCCUGGUCAACAGUAACCUUGUGUGCAAGGUGUCAGACUUUGGCCUCUCACGCUUCCUGGAGGACGAUACAUCAGAUCCCACUUACACUAGUGCUCUGGGAGGGAAGAUUCCUAUCCGAUGGACUGCACCCGAAGCUAUCCAGUACAGGAAGUUCACCUCUGCUAGUGAUGUGUGGAGCUACGGGAUCGUCAUGUGGGAAGUCAUGUCCUACGGAGAAAGGCCUUACUGGGACAUGACCAAUCAAGAUGUCAUCAAUGCCAUAGAACAGGACUACCGGCUUCCCCCACCCAUGGACUGCCCAAGUGCGCUGCACCAGCUCAUGUUGGACUGCUGGCAAAAAGACCGCAACAAUCGGCCCAAGUUUAGUCAGAUUGUCAACAACCUUGACAAGAUGAUCCGCAAUCCCAACACACUGAAGGCCAUGACCCCGUUAUCUUCAGGUGUUCAUCUCCCUCUCCUGGACCGCAGCAUCCCAGACUUCUCCAGCUUCAGCACUGUGGACGAGUGGCUGGAUGCCAUCAAGAUGGGCCAGUACAAAGACAAUUUUGCCAACGCUGACUAUACUACAUUUGAUGUGGUGUCCCAGAUGACCAUGGAGGACAUCCUGAGGGUUGGUGUGACGUUAGCAGGCCAUCAAAAGAAGAUCCUCAACAGCGUCCAGAUGAUGCGGGCACAGAUGAACCAGAUCCAGUCAGUGGAGGUUUGACCCUCCCGAGCGGAGCAGAGGGGGAAAAAAAAGUCGUUUGGGAUGCAGGGCUCUGGGUGUGGAGGAUGGAGUGGAUGUUUUUUCGCGUUACAGUGUGUCUGGUCUUCCCACCAGACUACCAUUCAUCCCCCGUUCACCUCUCCACUUCCCUCUCUCCUCCUCUUAUCCACUCACCCUGACUCUCCCUCCAUCCUUGGGAUCAGCUGUGGAGAGUUGUGGAAACAAAAGUCUGUGUAAUGAGGCGUCAGAGGGCCCACAGCCAACCCACCUUUGGAGCUUGAAACAUGGGAGGUUAGAAGUGACCAGCAACACAUUUUUCAAUCUUCCACCAAUUUUCAUUUGAUGUUGAACAUUUAUUUUUUUGGUUUGUUUGUUCUGAUAAUUUUGUAAAGAAUUUUUUAAAGAAAAAAAAGAAAAAACUGAGAAAAGGCACGGAGUUUAUCUAAAUUUAUAGAUGAUAUAAGGUUGUACACUAGAUGAACUGAGUAGGAAAGAUACCCUUUAAAAGGGCCAAAAAAAGAAAAAAAAGAAAAAGAGGAGUUGAGGAGACGAGGCCAUCCUCAACAAGGUGUGGAUAAUGUCUUUGUUGUUUUUAAUUUUGGACAUCAUGAGUAAACACAGAGUUCUCUGUGGCCCUCUAAAAGGCAAACUGCAGAGGAGACUAAGGGACCCGACGUGCACUCCCAACUGUUUCCCCAGGAGAGAAAAUAAAUUAAAAAACCAUGAAAUGGACAUAUUUUGGCAUAGACUGAUGUCGAAAACACCUUCACAGUGAAAUCAACACUCAAGAAAAAGAAAAAAAAUUUUUUUUUUCUCAUUGCAAGUAAUUUUUCUAUAUUGUGUAAAAUCUUGUGAUGAAGAUUCCGUCUCACCAUGCUUCCUCUCACUAUAAACAAAAAAAGUUGUUUUUUUUCUUUCACAGUGAAAUACUCACAGCUUGCCAAAUAGAACUCUUCCCUUUUUGCACCCCAAUCAUGAUCCUGUACUGUACAUAUCAGAUGCACUUGACCUGCCACAACGCGAUGACUCAGAAACAGUUACGACCGGUCAGUUCAGCUGACCGCAGGGAGGGUUUAAGUUGUUGUCACAAUCAGUUUCUUUUCUUAUUCUGUGAAACAAUAAUAGUUUGUGGAGAAAAAAAACUUCCUACAUAGGUUCACACAAAAAGAAACAGGUUCUACUGUUUACAUCAGAGUCCACACAGUAUGUCCUGUUAUAGCAUCCUCCUUCACGUUGUUCAUCUCCAAUGCCGUCUGUGCACAUAUUGCACGUGCAUACCACAUGCACAAAGAACCAGUGGCUCCCGUUGGGAUUUGUGUUUGAUAGCAUGCUGAGUGAGUGGUUAAUUUCACAGUGCUUUGAUUUGCUGCAAUUACUAGAACUCUGUUUGGUAAGAGCUUGGAUUUGACACACUUUACAGAUUAUAAUGUGGCUGCAUUAUAUUCAGUGUUUCUUCUUCUUCCAGUUUUUCUUUUUUGAAAAGACAUUUUUAUGUUUAAAAUAUAAAGUUUUGAUACCACACAUGGUUAUUUUACACACACACAGUCAUGAAUAGACUUUACAAUCAGGCGUUUGUUGAAUUUAAAACAAAAAUGCAGCGUGUUAUAUUUUUGCAAUUUCUGUAUGGAUAUUAUUGAAUUGUUAUUAUUAUCACUUUUAGUUUUUUUUUUUUUCUGCACUGAGUCGACUGACUCCAACAAACACUCUGAAUCUUCCAUCAAUGCUUAGAAAUUUAUUUUUAAACAUGAAUCAUGUUGGUGCACAAAACCAUGUAGAUAAACGGCAUUUCCCUGUAACAGGUUUUGAUUUCAUUUUAUAGACAGUAUAUGCAUUUAUUUUAUGGUUUCCUGUGAACAAUACUGUCUGAUGAGUACAGAGCUGUCAGUCAUCGUUUGUGUUGUUAUCUGUAACCUGGCGUGAGGGUUGUGAGGGGAAAGAUGGAGUUCAUAGCAAUGCAAUGAUCCCCUGGAGAUGGUGAAUCAGCUGUGGGUUUAUGUAUACAGCCACUAAAUGAUAUCAGCAGUGCUGGGCUCCGCUCCGAGACCUGACAGCCAGACAUGGACGUCCAGCUGUGAGCCAUCGGUGAGAUGUGUCCGAUCACAGCGGGGUGGGCCGCACUCCGAUCACAGCCACUCCGUCCAGGCACUGAUUCUCUCUCUCUCCCCUUGAUCACAUACAUGCCUGUCAGCCACCUGUCUGCCGCUCCCACUGAUCUCCACACAGUCGGCGUUCAGCAGUUGUCUGGUUUUGUCUCGGCGAGUUUAAAAAGAACCAACAGCAGCAGGCGAACUGACACUCAUCAGUGGGGCAGUUGUGUCUUGUCUUGUCCUGAUGCUGCAUGCCUUUGUGUAUGUGGAAAA